AUGGCAGGAGAAAGAUGGCGGCAUCAUAUGGACUACAUCAUCACCCUGCUUGGUGCCAGUAUUGGAUCAGGGGCAUUUAUUAAGUUCCCAUAUUUGUGUAUGCGUAAUGGUGGAGGGGCGUUUCUGAUACCUUUCGCGCUGUUCACCAUAAUCGCCGUCAUACCUUGUGUAUUCCUGGAUAUGGUGAUUGGUCAGUUCUCCCAGAGUGGACCAAUCAACGCCUGGAAUAUGUGUCCACCUUUCAAAGGAAUUGGUGUUGGUAUCUUGAUUCUGCUGUGGAUUGUCUUUUCACUUUACAAUGCCAUAUUUUCCUGGUUUGUCUACUUCUUCUACUACUCGUUUUCGUCCACCCUACCUUGGGCCAAUUGCGACAACGACUGGAACACCCCCUCGUGUAUAUCUGACAGUGGCAUCAAUAAGACGUAUAUGAACCACGCGGAAGUUACAAACUGCACCGCCUACAGUCAUCAGGUAAACGUCACUGGAGGAGCGUAUGCUUGUAGAACAGCUGCAGAAGAGUUUUGGAGAUUGCAGGUGUUGCAGUUGACUGAUGGUUUACAUGACAUGGGUGGAGUAAGGUGGCCUCUGGUUCUGUGUCUGGCCAUAACAUACUUGAUUAUGUUUGUUUGCCAGUGUCGAGGAAUCAGGGUGACUGGAAAGCUUGUGUACGUCACUGUUGGCGUUCCGUUUGUCCUGAUCAUCGUCUUCCUCGUCAGGGGAUGUCUACUGCCAGGGUCAGCUGAAGGAAUGUAUUAUUUCAUCAAACCCAACUUCGAUAAGCUUACAGAACCAGGGACCGAAAUCCCCAUUGUGGCAUAUUGA